AUGGAUCCCAGAACAAGACUUGACUAUGCUCUGUUUCAACUCACACCCACCAGGACAAGAUGUGAGCUUGUGAUUUUCUCCGGUGGCGAGAACGAGAAACUUGCUUCGGGGAUUUUUCAGCCGUUCGUUACACAUCUCAAGAGCGUUAGAGAUCAGAUUUCUAAAGGCGGAUAUUCCGUUACCCUCCGGCCUUCCUCCGUCGCCGGCGCCGGCGUUCCUUGGUUUACCAAAGUGACGCUUCAGAGGUUUGUGCGAUUCGUGACCACUCCCGAGGUUCUUGAGAGGUCAGUAACAUUGGAGAAGGAGAUUGAGCAGAUCGAGGAUUCGAUUCAGUCUAAUGCAGCCGCCAUUUCCGGCGAAGCAGAAGGAAACGAGUUGGGCAGUACAUGGACUUCUCACAAGUCUACGGCUUUAUCAAAGGCAAAAGGUGAAUCUGAUGGAGACAAUGGGGAAGAAAAUUCUAAGGUUGGUCUUCAGCGUGUUUUGGAGAACCGCAAAGCGGCUUUGUGCAAAGAGCAAGCCAUGGCUUACGCUCGAGCUUUGGUUGUUGGGUUUGAAUUGGACUACAUGGAUGACCUCUUGUCUUUCGCCGAUGCUUUUGGAGCUUCGCGUUUAAGGGAAGCGUGUGUUAACUUUGUGGACUUGUGCAAGAGAAAGAACGAAGAUAGAAUGUGGGUGGACCAAAUCACGGCUAUGCAAGCAUUUCCUAGGCCUGAGUUGUCCUUCAUGGGUGACUCUGGGAUCAUACUUGCUGGUGAAGAGAAUGAUUUGUUGAAUGCUACAAACGUGAAGCAUGGGAACUCCAUGGAUGCCUCGAGCCAGGGCAGCUUCGAGACUAGCCAAGAAGGGAGAGCUCAAAUGGCAAUGCCAUGGCCAAACCAUUUUCCUCAGUACAUGCAAAACUUCCAAGGACAUGGGUAUCCUCCUUAUAUGUUUCCGGGGAUGCAGGGCCAAUCACCGUAUUUCCCUGGGAAUAUGCAAUGGCCUGUAAACAUGGGAGAUUUGGAGUCAAGUGAGAAGUCUUCCAAGAAAAAGAAGAAGAAUAAGAAGAAGAAGAAGAAGUCAAAGCAAGCUGAAUCCACCGAGCCAAGCGAUGAGUCCAGUGCUGAGACCGUAUCAGAAGACGGAAAUGAAGGGAAGAAAUCAUCUAGAAAAGUGGUUAUACGCAACAUAAAUUAUAUAACCUCAAAGAGGAAUGGAGCAAAGGAGAGCGAUUCGGAGGAGUCUGAGGAAGAAGAAGGGUUUGUAGAUGGAGAUUCCAUCAAGCAGCAAGUAGAAGAAGCCAUUGGCUCACUGGAGAAACGGAAUAAAUCAACUUCACGCCGUCGGAGGAAACACAAAAAUCACAGUGAGGACGAUGAUUCAGGUAGUAAGGAAACUAAAGGGAAUGAUAAUUGGGAUGCUUUCCAAAACCUUCUUUUGAAAGACAAAGAUGAAGAAGAAUCACUGCAAACAUCAUCAUCUCCGUUAAACAUGGAGUCAGAAGUUGUGAGAAAGAGAGAACCGCCUAUGGAUGAUUCUUUCUUGGUUGCAAAUGUGAAUGAGGAUUGGGACAGAGAAAGCAGUAUUAAGAAACUCGACGCGGGUGAGAAUGUUCGCCUGAUAAGGAGAGAGAACAACUACGACGAGGAGAUGUUGAAUCCAGGUAGAGAUGGUGAAUCAAGAAGUUAUUCGCAGGCAGAGAUGUCUGUUUAUGAUGGGAAGCUCAGAGGCAGAAAUGAGACGGAAGAGGAUUGGUUCAUACGUAACCAAGCAGAUACAGAAAGAGAUCCAAGUCUUGUAAAGACAUUUGUAGGAGACGAUUUCCACCUAACGAGGAGCAGCGAGAGAGAUGUCCUGACCGAUGACUCGUUCAUGAUCCAUUCUCGUGUUGAGGGCCAAGUGGAAGAAUCUCGAUUAAGAACAGACAUCAUGGACUCAGAUGUUUACGGAAUCACCCAACAAGAAAACCAUGCACCAGAGUUCACUCAGCAUGAGCCAGAUGACCUUUUCAUGGUUCUUGGACGGGAACAAGAUGUUACACCUACAUUGUUACCAUGGACCCCUGAAAUUGACUUCGAGACUAACACUUUGGCUCAAGAGAAAAGCAAAACCGAUUUGGAAACCACUACAAAGGCCUCUGCAGGUGAACAAACCUCAGAUGGUAAAGAAAAGAAAAGCCGUGGCGUCUCCAAGGGGAAGGAUGCAAAGUUAAGAGGAUUAGGUAGACCUGGCCCAUCGAAAGCUAAGAGACCUCCUUGGGGAAGUAGAGCUGCUGCCACCAAAACCAAAUCCGAGUUGGAGGAAGAGAGAAAAAAGAGAAUGGAAGAACUUUUGAUUCAGAGGCAAAAGAGAAUUGCUGAGAAGAGUUCUAAUGGUAGUGUAUCAAGUUCCUUAGCGUCCAAGAAAGCUCCUACAGCAGAUAAAACCGUGAAGAGCAUGACAAAGAAAGAGAAGACCCCAGAAGCCGCACAGCCAAAGGCUAGGCCGGUACUCAGAAGUUCCACCAUUGAGCGCCUUGCUGUAGCCAGGACCGCACCAAAGGAGCCACAACAAAAACCAGUAAUCAAUAGAGCAUCAAAACCUUUAGCAAACAAGACAGAGAAAUCUCAGGACAAAAAAUCGAGUAAAGUAGGUAAAUCAGAUGCGAAAAGUCUGGAACUUUCUCGUGACCCGAGUCUCGAAAUCAAGGAAACAGUGGAAGAUUCAGAGUCUUACUUGCCGGUGAAGCAAGUUGAUGAACCUCCUCCUGUUUCUUCUGUUGAUGAUUUCAAAGACAUUAAAGAGUUGCAUAGCUUAUCAUCGGAAGAAAUUUCCAGAGGAAACAACGGACCAAAUGAAAUCAUCGCCGAUGAAAAAUCAUUCGCCAAUCAUCAGAAAGUACAAGAUCAGAUGAAAAUCGAUGAUCAGGAAAUAGUGAAGAAGACAUCUGCCUGUGAAGAAAAGCAGCAAAUCACGACGAACGAUUGUUCAGAAGAUGUCGGAGAAGUCAAGGUUUCACCGCCAAAACCGUUGUCUCCGAAGAAAUCGGUGACAUUUUCAGAAACAAAUAUGGAGGAGAAGUAUUAUUUCUCACCAACUGUCUCGGAGAAUGACAUCUCGACUCCGCCGGCGACUGAAACAGAUCAUUCGAGGAAGAAAUGGAACAGUGAAGAGACGUCUCCGAAAGGGACAGCUAAAGUCUUCAGGAAGCUUCUUAUGUUUGGAAAGAAAAACCGAAGUUAGAUCUCUUCUCUGGAGUUAUCGGAGCAUUGUUACGACGUCGUGUUGAGUUCGGUUGGAAAGCCGGUUUUAAAUACUUUUCGGUUUUUAUUCUUUAAAUUUUUUUCUUGUCUGAUUUUAAAAUUCUGUUUCGUCUUUUAUCGACUUGAUUGCUGUUUAUAUAUUUCAUUGUUUAUUUGUUCUUGAUAGCAUUGGUGCAUAAAAAUGGUUUGGUGAGUUUGAAUAAAGUAAGGUUAUUUUGGAU